UUGCAUCGAAUGUUCGACUUGCCACCGGAGUUGAAAUGUCACAUUCUAUGGUACCUAUUCGUCAACGAGGGGUUUGACGCCUACUACACGCUGCUUGAACAUGCAGAGAUCGGCGAGUUGCUACGAUGCAACUUUAACCAGCAAUUUGAGCUGAUCAGGCGCCACCACCCUCUCGCUACUCAGCUCCAGCAAAUUCUGACCACGACCGCCCUUCUAUCGUCACACAAGCCGCACUCCAGUCGCCAGUUAGCUGAGUUUUUGAGGCAAAGCCUCCUCGCUGAAGGCCAGUCCGUAUCGUUCGACAGUGCGAAGCAAGCUGUCUCAGUCGUCCAUACAUACCGUGAUUGUCUACACGAUGCAAACACCAUUAUCGAACAAUAUGCCAAGAUCAUUCUGGGUAAUGCCGUGGCUGGAAGAUUUGCAUAUGAACAACAUCCUCGCUACGGUACCGAUACUCUGUCCGAAAUCGAGCAUCAUCGAAUUCUUCGUGCUUUCUUCAGGCUUCAACUCUACAGGCGAAUUCGAGAGCUAUAUGGAACAGGAAGGAACUUCAAACGGAGGAUUAGGGCCCUGUUCUCACUAUGGACUGCUUGGGAAUUUGACGAGGUUAGAAGCGUUGCUGAAUGGAUCAUUCUCGAAUAUCCAAACCUCCCCGAGCAUUACGCAGAGGGCAUUCAAAACCUCUUCGCCACGGUCUAUACCUAUUUCGGCCUUGAUAUGAACCCGUAUGUCAGAAACCGCCCUGCUCCCGCCCGUGAUCGCCACCGCCAUUCAAAGUUUGCAAAGCGCUCCAAAAAAUGGGACGAUACACCGUUUAAUCCGCACGAAGGGAGAGCGGAUGUGAGAAACAAAGACUGGAGACCCCUGGGGUACGACCGUGGAUGUUACCAAGAGUACACUCAACGAGUUUACAGGGAGUUCUUCCUUGCAGGCGGCUACCCAUUCUGGGGUCGAUACACAAAGCCUGAUGGAUGGUGGCGUUAUCGCAACCACAGUUCCGACCUGAUGUUGCAAUUUGGAGAAUGCUAUGCGAAUAAAGACAUUUGAUCAGCUUAUAGGGCCUGCACAAGUUUGAAACCAUGGUUAACGACCGCCUAAGAGGAUUUCCAAAGCGCCUACGCCCUAGUUGAGCUAUCGCUGGUUCUGUGAAAGUACUUUGAGUGCGAUGUUUGUAACUACAAUGAGUCUUCUAGAGUAGUGAAAGAUGGGGAACGCUAAUGCUGACUUCACAGAUAGCUUAACGGGUACCUACUUUCCAAACGCUGUAGCGUUUGGAAUGAGUGCACUCAAGGGUCGUGCACUAGAUGACGUAAUACGCGAGAUGCUUUCGUUCGCCGCCAGAUCCCCU